AUGGCUACAGCAUCGAGUUGGAAGAGCAGUAGCGGUGGGCACUUCAGUGGGUCAAUCGCAACAGCAACCGGAAACAAGAUCACCAAGGGCCGAGGCCGCAUGGGGGUCAAGCCCAUCUUGAAGAAGCUGCAAUCGGGCUCGGAGAAAAAUUCACUGGAUCUCGACCGUGGGUGGGAGGACCAGCAGCACAACUGGAACGACUAUCCUGCCAGUCGGUCGGCGAGGGAUAUGGCAUUCAUCACGCCAGGCUUUAUGGAAUCCGGAGAUUGCGGCAGUCUCAAUAGCGGACCUAGCUUAGGCGGUAAGAGUGUGGACUUGGGGAGGCCCAAAUUUCAGCACGCCAGGUCACCAUCCGGCGCCAGCCAUGCUUCUGUUGGUACGACGGGCAGCGGAACCGGACCGGGAAGGGGAGGAUUUGUGCACCCGUUUCAGCAGACGCCACGGACGGCCACUCCGCCAUUACUCUCAUAUGCUGGGUCUAUGGCGAGCAUUGACGUCGGUGCUGGCGGCGGCUGCGGGCGCGAUUACUCACCCACGAUAACGGAGAAUGAGGACGACGAUUACGCCUAUCAGACUGGAAAGAUGCACCCAUACUCUAUGAGCCAGUCGAGCCUGCGGCGGCCUAGCCUCGCUUCGCAAAGGACGGCGUCGUUUUCUGAUAUGCAGGGCGUCGCACAGAGUAGUAGCAAUGCGAAAUCCAGCAGGGUGGGGAGUCACAGUGCGGCUGUUGGCAAUUCGGGCAGCUCCCGCAUGGUGCACGGGGGAAGUAUGUUGAGCUCAAGUAAAAGUCAGUCUGAUCUGCACUUGAACCUCACCUUGGGCACAACAAACACCAGCCACCCGUCAAACAAUGACUCUGCAAACAACUCCCCCUCUCUCCUUUCACGUUCAACAACCACAACCACCACAACUACUGCAUUCCCAGUCCUGACAAGCCCGCCGUCACAAUCAUUCGUCGCAAGUCCGACUUCGUCAUUCUCGGCUGCACCGCUAUCACCCCUCCGAACCUCACUAGAAAUGGGCCUGGGUGGACUCGCGCCGCGACUCCGCUCGCUGUCUGAGCAGCAGGAGAGCCGUGGCAAGAAGCCCUCGCUCUCAGACCCAGCAGAACAUGCGCGGCUGAUGCGCGAGAGGCGCGCCAAGUUCGACGAAAAGGAGCGCCUCAAGGCCGAGAAGGCGGCUCGCAAGCAGCACAAGAACUCGGCGUCGCACCACCAGUCCAAGGACGCCGAGAAGCGUGAUCUCGAGAUGUUCCAGAGGCAGAAGCACGAGGCCGCUCUCUACAGCAGCGGCAGCAGGCCAGGCACAGCAUCUGGAGCAUCGAUCAUCUACCGCAACAGCAUCAAUCGUCCAAUCUAUGGCGUAGAUCAGUUUCCCCUCGUCACCAACGAGAAAAUUGAGAGCAACCUGGACAGCAAGAAGGGCAAGAAAUCGGGCUCCUUCGCCAGGGGCGCCGUCGGCGUGGCUGGAGGACUCGAUUCCCAUCAGCCAAGGGAGCGGAAGUCGGCCAAAAACGUCUGGACUAACUUUGUACUCUGGAUUCGGACGACCAUCUUCAAACUCAAGAGGGGGGAUUAG